AUGGAUUUUCUCAAGGUGAAAAGGUUCCCGAGAUUUGGUAAAUCUAAAAGCAAAGAAGAGCUGGAUCCAGAGAACAGUAAAUCUCCACCUGAGGGAUCAAAAUUCACUGAUGUUGAUCCUAAUGUUGAGGCAGAGGAUGAAGAAGAUGAUGAUGAUGAUUUUUUUAUUACAAAUGAAGUAAAGAGGAGGUUGAAGGAGCCGAGGAAGAAUAGUUUCAUGGUUCCGAUACUCGAGGAGGAGCCGAACCCGGAGGACGAGGGAGGAAGAAGAAGAGGAGACAAGCUCGAAGUUUUCAACUCAUCAAAUAAGGUCGGCUACAUUGGAGGGGAGUUCCUCAAUGAUGACAUUGUAGAAACGUUGGAUGUCGAAAAGCAUUCUUUCGUCAUCACGGGUGACAAAGUUGAUUGCCACUCCCUUCCUUCCGAACCGGCCGCUACGACCAAUACGAUGCAGGAAUAUUGUUUCAUGAGCCGAGAUUUGGGAUUUGCUGGAGAGUUUGAUGUUUCUGGUGAUCUGAUUUUUGUUCUUUUGCUCAUCGGUUCCCAAGAUUUGGUAAAUCUAAAAGCAAAGAAGAGUCGGAUCCAGAGAACAGUAAAUCUCCACCUGAAGGGAUCAAAAGAAGAGCUUGCUGAUUCUUUGCCAAAGGCUGCUGAUGUUGAUCCUAAUGUUGAGGCAGAGGAUGAAGAAGAUGAUGAUGAUGAUUUUAUUACAAAUGAAGUAAAGAGGAGGCUGAAGGAGCUGAGGAAGAAUAGUUUCAUGGUUCUGAUACCUGAGGAGGAGCCGAACCUGGAGGACGAGGAGGAAGAAGAAGAGGAGACAAGCUCGAGUGAGUGGAGAGAGUCAGAGGUGGAAGAUGGAUAUCCAUGGUGUGGGUUUGAUACUUUGUAUGAUAAGUACUGUGAGCGAAUGCUGUUCUUCGAUAAGAUGAUUGUUCAACAACUACGAGAAGCAGGUUCACAGGAUAUCCUGAGCCCGUCACCUAGAUCUGCAUCUAAGAAGCUGGCUAUGACAAUCAGAAACCUCUCUUUUAAGAGGCGGGAUGAACAUCAAGAUGAUCGUGAGCACUUGCAACAUCCGCAAGAUGAGGAUCCCUAUCACAAUCUUGAAACUGCCUAUGUAGCCCAUAUCUCCUUAAGCUGGGAAGCUCUUCAUUGUCAAUAUAUGCAACUAAGUCAAAGGGUCUCAUCGCAGCCUGAAAACCCUACCUCCUAUUGCUACGCAGCUCAGGCAUUCCAGCAAUUUCAGGUACUUUUGCAGAGAUUUAUAGAAAAUGAGCCAUUUGAGCAAGGCUCCAGGGUGGAGAUUUAUGCCCGUUCUCGGACCUCCUUGCCCAGGUUGCUUCAGAUUCCUAGUUUUCAAGGUCUGGAUCAUAAGGUCAGAAAGGAUGAUGGUUUUGAUCAACCAAUUCUCGCACCUGACCUUAUAAAAAUCAUUGAAGAUUCAAUCCUUACCUUCCGCCAAUUUCUGAAGAUGGACAAGAAAAAAUCUGGUAGUUCUCUGAACUUAUUUGGAAGUCAUGACCAGCUUGCAAGCUCCCUUCAUCAGGUUCAAUCCUCACUUGACAAGAAGGAAAUCAGAGUAAAAGAACUAUGCAAGAAGAAGAAAGGAUGGAGGAAGAAAUCAUGGCCAACAACGACAGAAGAAGUGGAGCUGCUAUUCGCCCUCAUUGACAUCAAAGUCAUAUCAAGGGUCAUGAGAAUGGCCAAAAUCAGUAAGGAGCAAUUGCUAUGGUGUGAAGAGAAGAUGAGCAAGCUUGAUCUAGCCGAGCACAGGCUAUGCAGGAACGGCUCUCCGAUCCUUUUCCCUUGUUGAUCCAGGUUAGUCAAAAGCCCUUCGGGGAAAUCCCUUGCGCGUAAUGUGUAUCUUUUUUUGCUUUGUAUAUUGAUGGAUAGUUAAAUUCUCUCCAUGGAUACUUUGUUUGUACCAAAACUCUUGUCGCCUUAUAAGUAUAACCAUGUUAUUAUUAUUAUUCACUUUCCUUGUGAUACACGGAGAUCAUCGUACCCAAUUACAUCAGAUAAAUCAAAAGAUGAAUCAAAAAUCAGAUGAAGCUGCAUCAUGCAUGACUAGAUAUCAAGGAGGUGAUGUAUGUAUUCAUGCAGGUAAAUAAAUUAUUCUCUGAUUAAGCCUGGACA